AUGUGGCACCCGACGCUGGUGGCCGAGGCGCUCUUUGCCAUCUCCAACAUCUUCAGCUCCCUGCGGCUCAUCGCCCUCUUCACGGCCAACUCUCACCUGGGGCCUCUGCAGAUCUCUCUGGGACGGAUGCUCCUGGACAUCCUCAAGUUCCUCUUCAUCUACUGCCUGGUGCUGCUGGCCUUCGCCAACGGACUCAACCAGCUCUACUUCUACUACGAGAGCGACGGCGAGAACGGCUGCAAAGGCAUCCGCUGCAAGGAGCAGAACAACGCCUUCUCCACGCUUUUCGAGACGCUGCAGUCCUUGUUCUGGUCCAUCUUCGGCCUCAUCUCGCUCUACGUGACCAACGUGAAGCCGGACCAUGAGUUCACCGAGUUCGUGGGCAGCACCAUGUUCGGGACCUACAACAUCAUCUCUCUGGUGGUUCUGCUCAACAUGCUGAUCGCCAUGAUGAACAACUCCUACCAGCACAUCGCCUGGUGUUACGCAUACAGAGCAGGACGCUCCCACACACGUCUGCCCUUCAGCUCAGGCUGCUGUCAUUUCAUCCUCUGGGCGGGGAGUGAAACGCAGAUUACCGCUGUCUAUAAGUGA